CAUCUACGCCCGAUCUACAUCUCACCGACGACGGCGAUAACGAUUACGAUCGAUAACUUGACAGCGAUAGCGCGUGCGUGUGUGCGCAUUCGACUACGACAACGGCGACGACUUGUCCAGUAUGCUUCACGGUUCAUCAUCUGGUAUAUGAAAGAUGCAAAAGAUUCUCAAACACUUAUCUGGAGAGUAAAAAAACUUGAGGCUGCAAUGACCUCGUCCAGAAAACUGUUUCGUAUGUUCAACUCUGUCGAGUUUCUCACAAAGGCUAUCGACUCUUUAGCUGAGAAAGAUGAUUAUCUGCGAUACCUUUCGGUGAUUGGGAUGACAGGCAAAGGAAUCUGGUUGUUGUUUGAUCAUCUGCUAUGGUUUGGAAAAAUAGACAUGUUCAAGGUAAAUCCCCGGUACUCUAGAGUGUCAGCGUGGGCAUGGUUAGCUGCCAAUAUAGCACUGACCUUGCGCGACCUCCGUAAGCUUCACCUGCUGCGUAUGCGUACAGUGACUCUUAAGCAGGCGCCCCAGGAAGAGAUCAAAGAAGAUUACUGUAAUCUGCGUCCUCUGGUAGUAGCAGUGCAACUGGAACUUGCUAAAGAUUUCUGUGAUAUUUUUAUCCCACUUGCCACCCUGGGCUAUGCUGAUACAGGUCUAGCUGCAGCUGGUGGUGUUAUAUCCUCUGUAAUAGCGAUGCAACAAGAGUGGGGUAAAAUAGUGAAAAACUAAACUAGUUUUUUAUCAUGAAUGGAAACGGUAUGGUAAAUCACAAACUGCAGAAAGCUUGCUGUUUUGGUAAGGGUAAAUGACUGCUUUUUGACUUUGAGGACUUUUGGCUUUUUGACGUGUUCGGUCUGACAUGCCUUCAAAAAGCUAAAACCAAUUUGCAGCAUUCCGAAAAUCCUCCAAUAUGUUCUGUGCCCCAUACAAACUGAAAAUGUCAGCCUACAUCAAACUAGUUUGUUCUAAAUUAACAUCUAUGCAUCUCCGCGACCAAACUUUGUUAUCGGAUUAGUGUUCUAUUGUCUCUGACGGAAUCUUACGGUCUCUGAAAACUGUGUGAAACCGUGUCGUAUUAAAAUGACUUUUUUGAAGAACACAUACGAUUUUCAGGUAAAUUGGUGGUGUCAUAUGAUUACAUAGCACACGUUAGCCUUGCACUUACUACCAUUGAUGUAAUAUUUCGCCAGUUGUUUUCCACAUCUGAAAUGAGUCUUGUAGUGUAAUAGUUUAUUUUACAAUAUUUGACAAACAAAUAAGAAUAACCCGCGGCUUACUCCAGCUCAUUAGCUUAAAUAUUACUCUAGUUUAGAAAAGUUGAUUCACGGCAAACUCAAAACAACGUUUGAACAACAUUACUCCUACAUGACUACAUUGUGCAGUAAUGACAUACAUGUGCAGGAGUGUUGCUAAUUCUAUCUGUCGUCCAUAACCACAGUCUUUGGUGUUAACCAAAUUAUGAUGAGUCAAUACUUUGUAUAUUGUAUCUUGUAUCUUGGCUCCCUCUCUUGUAUUUCACAAGACACUCGAUUCAUUGAAGUGUGGGGAUGAUCUAGAGAAAAAGGAUAUUAGUGCUGCCUGUAAUUCUCUAAAUAUUAGUGUUUCGAAUCACCAGAAUUUUCCGCACAUAAUCUAACGCAGGUUUCAAUACCCCGUGGUUGUCCCCUCUCCAGCCUUCUAUUUGUUCUCCAUCCUUAUAUUUAUUAUAGCUAUCACAAUUAUAUAAAUGUUCCAAGUCCUGUUUCAUAUUCUUAUUACAUCGAUUACACCUGUCGUCACUGAAGUUAUUUCUAAAGUAGCCUUUGAGAUCAAUCAUUCAAGUUUUACAUUUAAAUGCAAAGCACGAGUCGGCAAAUGAUAAUUCUUUCAUAUAUUCCUUCAAUCCGUAUGUUUCAAUGUUUAUCAUCUUCAUUUUUGUUUUAUCUCUAGUUUUUAAUUUGUCUCUUAUUAGUACUCUUUUUAAGAUGGCAUCUUUGACUUGUUUUUUUCCAGGCUCUUUUUGGUUUUAAUCCUAUGGCUGUAAAUGAUAUUUCUAGUUUGUAUUCAUUUAGGAUUAUUAAAGGGACAGUAGCCUUUAGGAUGUUACUGCAUACAACUGUA